AUGUUCGACCGCGAGAGCAAGCUCGCGCGGGAGCUCAAAAAGCAGAUGCGCAACUGCGUCCGCGGCCAGAAAGGGCCUGCUCUUAUCGAGUCAGGCGAGCCGCUGGCCUUUCUGAGCUAUGUCCAGAUCCCACCUGCGAGCCGGAGUAGGGGCAAGUCGUGGCCGGACAAGCUGGAAGACGAGCUCGCGCAGGUGCUGAUCAACACCAAUAUCCGGUGCGUGUGGAUGGACAAGAUGAAGUACCCCGACAUCGUCACGCUGGGCGUCGCGUCUGGGCUCAAGCCAUACGCGUCCCCGCAGGGAUACGUCAUCGUGCGCGGAGCUUUCGGGCACCGUUACGCCCCGUACCACUUCGUCGCCUCGUGCGGCUCGUACAUGGAGAUGGUCGUGCAGCACGUCAUGGAGACGGGCGAGGAGCACUCCACCCUGCGCUGGACCGCGUCCUCCCGCCUGUGGCCGUCAGCUGAGGUGGCCGUCGGAGUGAUGCACGGCCGCAUCCUCCCCACGCGCCCCACCGUGGACGCGUGCAAGCUCCUUCUCGACGUGCUCAACCGUGCCAUCACCAUGCUCAACUCGCCCAACAGUACAGUCGAGCAGGACAUGGGCUUCUCCUUUUUCCGCAAGAGGGUACGCUGCAAGGCGUGCGGACACAAGAACCGUGUCCCGGACGUAGUCGAUUGGACGGCCGUAUGUACAGGCGUCAUUGUAGUCCGCGACCGUGUGCAGACUUGGCUCAACAUGAUUGUGAAUUGCAACGGCGGCGUUGCCGGCCGUUUCCUCCAAGACUACAUCGUGGGCCCGAUGUGGACGGCCGACUGCUACGAGGAGAAAGAUCGCGUCCCCGUAGCCUCGCUCACACAUUUUCUAUGGCUGCAGGCCGGUACAGGCGGCACGGAGCUGGCGCGUCACUUGGAAAAGCUGGUCAACAAGCCUGAGGCCCUCACAGAACGGUUGCUCGCGUGCGUAGGGCCGUGGCGGCACCCACGCUUCUGGUACGAGACGUACGAGAAGAUGAUCGACCGCAUCGUGGUGCAGCUCACGCUCUCGAGGAGCACAAAGCACGGGACGCAGACCGACGAGUGGGCUAAUGCCGUGUGGUUCUACCCUACGGAGGGCGCGGGCUUUUUCGGUGACUUGACGUUUUCACCAGGCAAGAAGCUCGUCAUGGACGCAUUCCGCGAGGAGGCAGAUGUUGACGCUAUAGAGAUAUCUGCAGACAUCAUCGUGAGCCAGCAACGUUCCCUAUGGCCAGUGGUCGGCGGCACACUGCCAUGGUACUUUACCGAGUGCGAGGGCGAGGAAGUGGUGCUGGUGCCCGCGAUGCACGCCCCCAGGAUGCUUUUAGGGCAGCUUAUGGGGCAACAACUCGGAAGGCUGCAGUACGUCCUGGAGGCAGAGAUGCCUUCCAACGAGCUGGUCGUACAGAUCCCGAUCGGCGGCAACAUCAAAGCGGUGACAUUCUCGCGCGCCGAACAGGAGCUCUACUACAUUGCCUUCGUGAUGAAAGGCGAGCGUCUGUCACUCCGCGCGAUGCGCCCGUGUCACUCGUCGGUCAACACGAGCUGGUGCAAUAUCGAGCCCACAAGCGUAGUGUAUCGCGCACAAGGGCACACGCCCGAGCAAGGCACGAUGUACGGUGCCAAUGGGAUGCCGCGCGACUACCGCGACAUGUACAAAACGUGGGCCGGCCAGGCUGGCUUCCGGCCCCUCGGCGUGCUCGACCGGCGGGCCGUGUUCGACGAAAGUCUUGAAGUGGGCGGCGGCGCGGCGGACAACUCCGAACGCAGAGCCGUCGGGUGGAACUGGCUCCCCGUCCCCGACCAGGAGUCGGCCAUCGCGGAGAUCGACCCGCACGUAGUCCGUGUGCUCUCCGCGUGGAAAGAGGUGUGGCUAUGAGGGGGAGAGGAGAGUUCUCCAGCUCGGAGCAGGAGCGACAUGCGAGAUGUGACUAGCAGCCGGAAUAAGUAGGAUGGGACUUUUCACGGUGCCAGCCAGUCGGCGCAUUUGCUGGGGCUUUCAACACGGCGCACGCGAACUGUACACCCGGGGACGGUAUUUAGUGUCAUUGAUACCAUUUCCGUGGUGGAAAUCUCAAACCCUAAACAUACAGUAUAUUAAUGUCAGU